AUGCCUCGAUUUCGAGUUGAGGACGUGGAUGAAUCAGCUGCAUAUCCAGUAGCUUCAGCAGCGGAGGUCUCUAGCUCACCAAGGUCGGAACCCUAUGAGAUGGCAGAUAGCGCAAGGGGCUCAGAACAAAAUGUAAGCUAUCUUCCUUGAUUCUUCAGUUUUCUCUUGUUUUAUUCUUUUUUUUUUUAUUCUUUGUAUAUAGCCGAUUCACGGCUAACUUGGGACGCAGAGGGGGCGUGGCGUGUCUGCGUUCUCCACCCACUACGCACUAUCUCUUUUAUUAUCGUGUCUGGAAAAUUUUUUUGAUGGCUUAACCCAUCGAAAAAAGGUCUAACCACGACGAAAAAAAGACAUUGUCGGUUGGUGAAGAGGUCAGAAGAGCCAAGCCUUUUCGAGUUUCAAAGACAACCGUGUUCACGGUUGUCUUUGAAAGGCUCACCUGAGUAGGCGUAAGCCUUUUUUGGUUUAUUUUCGUCUUUUUUAGCUAAGAAGAAUUUAGCUAAAACAACUUUAGAAAAAUGAAGAAAAGCGGAGGACGAGACGGGAUUCCAUCAAAGAGCAUUUGAUGAAGUUCAAAAAAACAAAACUUCUACCAAUUUGAAAGAAGAACAAAAAAAGAAGCUACGGUGAGAAAUAAAUGAAAUUUUUUUAUUUAAAAAUUAAUCAGAUUCCUACAGUGGAACCACUCACCGUCAAAGGAGAUGCAAGUUUGAUUUCUACAGAUGGAUCGAGGUCGGGUUUGGAAGUUUUUUUUCUCAAAUAAUGCCGUGUUCAAAGUGAUUCCGCGAAAUUCAAAAUAGCCGUCAGAGAAAGAGAAAGAUAACUAAAUUUUGGAGGGUCAGAGACUAUUUUGCAUUUCGCGGAAAUCACUUUGAACACGGCAUAAAGGCCGCCGCAAGAGUUCAACAUUUACACUCGGGAAAGACAGUUACAAACCAGAGUAUAGAAAUGUGAACCGCCAUUUUACGCGACAUCAUCUUUCUAUUGGACUUCAAUGCCUCGGGAAAUUACUAUCUUUUCAGUCCAACUCUUUCGGCGACGCGCGUGUCAACUGGUGAAGCGACCCGAACGGUUGUGAUGCGAGAGAGGCUUCGAAAGAGUGCUCAACAGUCAAUAGAACGCACUAGGUUUGAGAAACUUUUCGAAAUACUAACUAGAGAGUUCCUUUCAAUCAAAGAUUUGGUAACAACCGAAAGUUCGCUCGAAUUUUAAGUUGGCUUGGAAAUCAUGAAAAUGGGCAAGUAAAUAGCUAGAUUAGUCCAGGAGGAUUAGUUGCUUACUAAAAUUCACCAAAUUAACGAGUAGAAAUGAUUUUUAAGCUCAGGGAGGUAGUGAUGACUUUAGUUCAAAAAGCCUUAGGUGAAAGGGUUGUUAGACUCAAAGGCAUGUAAAGAAUACGUUAGCUAAUCAAAAAUUAUCACCUGGUAGGUCUUGACUUUGAAAUCUCUAAAGAGUCUUUGAAAAUUUUUUGAGAAAACCGCUUUUAUAUAAACUGAGCUCAAAAAAAGUUAAUUUAUUCAGUUUAGUUCGGACGAUACGGUUUGAAAAGAAAAUUUAAAAAAAAUCGUGGACAUGUCGCAACUAUAAUCUUUCCGUUUCAAGAGGAAAUGUGCAACUGAACAAACGACUCGCACGGAGGCCUACGGUGGUGGCUGAAGAAAACAUAACGGAGCUAGAUCUUGAAGGCGUCGAUGGUGAAAUCGAGCAGUCGAUUAGGGUUCGAGAUAUUUUCAUCUAUAUUUCUUUUUUUGGGAAAUUUCUAAAAAUUUCUGACUGCUUCGAAUUCGUUUUGGUAGCGAUUCCAUCAAAAUUGUCUUUUUUCGCAGAUGGCGUCGAAGUUUGUCACAACCGUUGACGAAAAAAACGACACGGUUGAAGGUUUAUAUGAGAAUAAUCCUAUGGCGAGUCGUCCUGAAGCCAUCCGUCGCAGGCAUUUAGAUUUCAAAGCUCCUUUGCAAAUCGAUGAUCAGACGGAGACCCUCGUCAAAAAUGUUGACAGGUAAACUUCUAUUCAGACAGGAAUCAUUUUUUGGUAAGACUAAGUUGUCGUAUGUAAAAAGAAUAUGAACGGUCAACCGAAAAAGGAAAAAAAAACCUUUUUUUUUACGAACUCCGAUACUUAACUCAUCGCGUAUCCUAUUUAUUGACUGGGUAUGUGGAUACCUCGAUUGACCUUUUUUAACGUUUGAGAAGCGAAUUCGAGCUUUUUUAUUAUUUUGAAUAAAUUCCGUAAACAGGUUUACUAUUCUCUAGCUUGCGACCCAUUUAACUUUAAAAAUAAUUAAAACCCUCGAACGGCAACAUGAGUUUAUUGGCAACGGUGAAGUGCUGCGUACGCGAAGCGGCUUUUUAUAGUUUCGUGAGAAAUUUAUUUGGACGGAAAAAUAUCAAAAUAUAGAAAAUGUUGUUUUCCACACUUUUUCCACGAUCUCGAACUUUCUGCUAAAAGUCGCGUCGCGUACGCAACACGUCACCGCUGUCAACCUACUCAUCUCGAUUUUCAUGUCGGAAAAGAUUGAUUAUAUCUUCAUAAUAAUGUCUUAAGAAGCUGUACGGCCACGGGUUCCAUAAAAGUGUAUAUCAAUAAGAAUAAAAUAAAGUUAUUCUUAGAAGCUUUCGUGCUCGUUUUUUUUUUUUGGCUUUUCAUAAAUUUUCUCGUUCAUCGAAAUUAAUUUGGCUAACCUUCAAGUUCAGAAGAUUACUCGGUGGUGGCGAUGUGGUUCGAAUCCCCGAGAAGCAAGUGCCGACACGCAAGUCCGAUGUAAACUUUUUUGAAAAAUUCAAAGCUUGAAAUAAUCUUCAUGAUCGUCUUUAUUGCAAAGUCCAUUCGACCAGACUUGUAACGAUAUCAAUGGUGAACCGAGGUAUUCACACGGUCAUUCAAUAAAUAGGUUACGCUAUAAGAUAGCUAUCGAUAAGCUACCCUGCAGCAUACUUCUAAAGCUUCUCCGGCCCUCGCUAAUCCACAACGCACAGGGAUAGUAUCGGAGUGCAUCCAAAUAUUAUUGAAAUAGCAAAAACUUGGUAUCUGAAUGCUGUUUAUUGAUUGACCGUAGCAAAUUCUGAUUGAAGUAGCUGAUUUUUUGGAUACGCUGUUUGACCAGUGAUCGACAAUAGGCUUCAAUUUACUAAAAUUUAUGGAAAAUUCUCUCAAAGUUCUCAAGUGAUCACUAUUCAGAUUGUUGGCAAAGAUAAUGAAAGAAUGCACUACCGGAACGCAGAAAGUUUCGAGGACGCUUCAAACAAAAUCAGGUUAUUCAAAAUUAUUUAUUUUCGCCCCACAGUUCCAUUAUUCGUUUAAGAAGAAAAAACUACGUUCAAAUGGACGUAUUCGUCGAUUCCAUUCAUUUUGAUCAUCAUUAUUUAUGGAGUCAAGAGGUAGGAUGCUGCGUUUAUAUAAAUUUCGACGGAGUGAAAUUCUCAGAAACGUUAGAGUGACCCCUAAACCAGAACCUUAGGGUCCCUUAAACGUCUCAGAAUUUUUUUUUACCGUUCUUCGCCACUCGCUUAUAAGUAGAUGAAAACGAAAAGUCAGAGAGAUCAUUUUGAGCUCUCGAACCACGAAUAACAGGCGCUCCCCGGACAUUUCUGAAACAGCAAGUGCGAAAGGUGGUUGGUUGAGAAUUUGAUGAAACUUGGUGUAGGUGCUAAGACUUCUAACAACGCUAAAGUUUUUGCUAGAAACCCUCUGGAACAUCCGGGGCACGUCCGGUCUGCGUUACCGAGGUCAACAUCACAUUUCGAUUUUUGGACGACAGUUUCCAAUCACUCGGAAUAAUUUUUUCUUCUUCGCAUCACAAAUAUCUCAUUUAUAAUUGAUUCAGAGGCGGUGACAGCUAUAAUAAGAAUUUUUGCAGAACCCUGAGUUUCAGUGGUUUCACCUUGUCUUUUAAUCAUAAAUGGAUGUGGCGCUUCAGAUCAAAUUUUCAGGAUCUCGCAGUGAGUCACCUUCGCGAUGUCUAUUUUGGCCAACUUUUGAAGUUCCACCAGUUAGCUGGACUUGAAGAGAAAGAGUGGGUAAAACUUUUCGAAUCUGAGAAUCCAAAACUGUGUCGAAGACGAUAUGAAUUGCUAAAAUGUAGCCUCUGCGACUUUCACAGACAUUUCCCUUGUUAGAGGGCGGCUCUUCUCUCCGACACAGCUCCUUUGAAGAUACCCAACCGUCCAGUAUAUUUUCCUUCGCAAAAGAUGAAUUUUAGAGACCCUUCAAGGACUUCGUUGAUCAACAGCUUGCGUUCCGGACACGAAGAGUUGAAAGAAGCCGCCGAAAAUUUGUUCCGCGUUCGUGAGACCCAAGGCUUUGUCACAACUAAUAUUAUCUACAAAGAGAAAGAAUUGUUAGGAAAAAGCUUUUUGUCGACAAAGGACAUUCCUAUUUAGAGAUGGCGAAGAUCUCGAAGACUGGAUGAGAAUGGGGACUAUCACAGGAAACGGCAUUGCUCCGACCAACUCAAAAGUUCCGAGACAAGAAAAGGAAAGAUUGAACAAGCUUAAAAAGGUUAGUAUCUAACAAAUGAACUGAGAAAGAAAGUCUAAAAAAGAGACGAAGAAAAAUAAACCGGCGAAAAACUGAGAAGCUGCGACAAAUUUGCCAAUCGUUUGUAGACACGCACUCCAUCGAUAACGUAGCCAAUGACUGGUUUAGGAUAUUAGGUAGCUUUUCUUUUUUAUAGCCCUUUUUUAUCAAUUUUUGUUUUCAUUACUUCGUUCUGCUUGUUUUAAAACAGAGAACAGUUUUUUUAUUUCUGUACAGCAUAAAGACGGAAAUGAGUAAACUAAAUAAUUUCAACUUUUUUUUUCGUGUGUGAGUCUGACAAGGAAGGUCCUUUUACUUUGCGUCUGGGAAUUUCCUGAAAAUUGGCCAGAACACUUCUUGUUGUACUAGAAAAAGAUCCUGGAAGCCUCAACCUGCAAAACUUUCUAUUGUUUGAGAAAGGACGCCUCAAAUUCAAAGAAAACACUAAAAAUCCGUUAAAAUAGGCCAUUUUGAAGCUUCGAGCCCUUAUUUCUCGAAUACUAGAAAUUUUUGCAGGUUGAGACUUUCAGAUUCUUCUUCUGACACUAACCGCAAAGUAAAAUGACCUCCCCAGUGAAAUGGUCUUUUCACCUUAUUUUUCAGACGUUCAUUCGAUUGACUCUUUUUUUCAACGGGAUCGAAGUGAGCAAAACGCCGUGGGCCCCUGUUUCGCCGUACAUUGCAACAUUUAUGCGUCGAUUUGAGCUCGAGGUCUCGUGGGCGAUUCGACAAGAACCUUCAUUCCGCGAACAUUUUGAACAUUUUGUUGAAAGUUUUUUCAUGAAAGUGUAAACUGUCGAAAAGUCGUCGAACGAAAAAAAAACAGAAAUGACGUGUAAUGGAUGUUCAAAAGGUGUUUUCAGCUCUUUUCGCCAGUUCAGUCCUUGAGUUUUAUUGUGUCGGAACGGCAAGGCUUGCGGGAACGAGUUAUUGCAAAUGUUGGUUCAAUUUUUUUCUUCCCUUCAAAGAAAAUUUUUAUCCGGAAAUCUCAGAAAAGUAUAUUUAGGUUGACAUUCCUACGUCUAACAACACUACAGGAGAGGAUAUUUCGGCGUUGCAUGAAGUCGAGUUUGUUUCUACGGCCGACAUGCCCAAGUAUGGUUUAUUCAACGUCAAAUCUUGAAAGUGCGCUAUUGCAAAACUUGUCUCUCUGACGAAAUUUCACGUCGUGACUUUGAAGGUGUAACUCUAAUGCUCCAAGUAUUCAAACCACUCGUACCUUUCAUUUCUGUUUCCGAAAGUGUUUUUGCAGAGUUGGUACAAGCCUGGGAAGCGUUGAAAAUUGUUCGAUCAGCGCGCGGCUUUUGUGCAGAGCCAUCCAGGUUCAGGGCAAAGAGGCCGAAUUUAGGGCGCUUGAACACGAAAAGAAGGUUGAAACCUUUUUGAAAGUCGACAAGUUUCUUUCUGAUUUCAGAAACAUUCCAACCGAUUUCAAGUGUUUGCUCCGGAAACACGCCUCACUUCUGCAACUGUCCACAGGAUCACCGCUAAAAAAAAGUGCUUAUUUUGAAGAACCUAUUAAUGAAGCAUUUCCCACAUAUUUGGUUUGUUUGAGAAAAGCUAAAUAGAAACGCGGAGAGUUUUGAAAAUUGCCAAAGUUUGUUCAAAAACUAGCAAACGAGAUAAUAUGAGCCCUCUUCUAAGAUACGAUAGGAAUUCGGUAGAGAAAGGUUCACUUGAGCCGGCAGUUAGCCCGAUAAUGGAUUUUUCUCACUUGUAUGAAACAGUUGACCGCAAUCGUCUGUUCGGUGAAAACAUGACGCAUCUGACUUCAACGGUUUCAGAGAAAAGCGCCUCCAAGAUGAGAAUCGUCUUUCUAGGCCGUCAUAUCGUUGCGCCAUCGAUAACCAACGAAUGGCGGCCGUAGCAUAUGCGGCAAUUAUGAGGUCAUUUUUCUUUUGUGAGAGAGAGAAAAAUAUUCGUAAAUUGUCGCUUUGACCAAAUUAGGGUUUUCAUAAGUGUUACAUUCCGUUCGUGUGUGCGACAUAGGUUUACGAUUUAGUUCAGACGCUAAAUAUUGUAGUAGGUGUAUUUUCCUCUACGUUGGAGAAAUUUCGUUUUCUGUCGGUUUGGUAGAGAUGAAAAAAGUCAAAACUUCUAGUUUUGCUUUUUGGCAAAGUUUUCCGAACAGGCUGCUUUAAAAUCAUCUUUUUGUAAACUGCUGGACCAGGAACAUCGUUCUUUGCAGAGAUAGGGUGAUGAACAGACGCCAGAAACGGGAAAGAAAGUAUGAGGAGGUGGUUCUCGAGCAAGAGAUCCCUUCGAUAAGUGCGGCUCUCACUCAUAUUUUCUCGCCCGCCGAUGUGUCCAGAAAGCUGAAGCCGAUGAGAACGGAGGCCAAGCAACAGCCUAAUCACGAAUCGAUGCUCCUGCAAAUUUUCGUCAAUGUACAAUCGGCAACGAAUUUGCCGACGAGGACCGCUGGAAAUUUACAAUCAUUUGUGGAAGUCUGGUUUCAGGUGGGAGUUUUAUAGUUUGAAUGUACAUAUCCGACAACAAAUCUUGUUCGAGAACCUGAAAACGUCUUAACACCAAUUUUCAAAGAGCUGUGGCCUAGGAACUUUUCGCAUUCUUUUUUUUUAUCAACUGUAAACGUCAUCUCUUUUUUGAAUUGUGAAGAUUUGAUGGCACUGUAGAAGAAACGGACCGUUAGUGUCAGGUAUUCAGGGAAAAAGUCUGAGAACAAGCGUAGGUUCUGGCCGCCACCCGAACUGGCAGUUUAGUGGAAUUUUGACGGGAGAGUCGGCAACACCUUCCGUCAUCGAGUUCCGUGUUUACGAUGAGGUUUCGUUUCUCCUCACUUUUUCGAACAAUAAUGGAAGAGGUUUCAAUAGGUUGUGGAAAGAAUCGGAGACGAUUCAAGGAUUAAAAACGUCAUUCACGAACAACUCGUUCAUCGACUCGUUGCCAAGGCGGAACUUUGUCUGAGUAAUCUUUCGAGAAAGGGAAAGAUUGAUUGCAAUCUUCGACUUUCCCUUCCCUCCUUCCACACUUCAUACAGGUAUCACGUUGAAAGUUUAAUUUCAUUUGGCCCUUAACGCAUGUUCCUCGAGAUUCACAAAAACCAUUGGUACAAAAAUUCCAUAAUUGUUCCUGAGAACACUUCUCACUAUUACAGAUACUACACAAACUUCUGAGUAGUUAGAACUAGGUUUUAUUAAGCUCCGCCCACUUUCAGGCUGACUGAAAAAAAUACGGUAAAAAUCAAAAUGUUUUUCUCCAAUGGGACGAAUCGGUCCAAGCCAAUUUCAUUACAAGAUAAGUUUUUAUAUGAAAAUUUUACGUUUUUCUAUGGUACCUCGGGUAUACCUCUUAGGUUUUUCGAGCAAAAGGAGAUAGACUUGAGGGAGACUCUAAAAUACCUCCGAGAUGGCUCAGAUAUAGCUAAAAGAUAUGCUUGAUGUAUCACUAUGGACUUUUGGGGUCUUCACGAUUCAUUUUGAAAGAUAUCUUCGUGGACGCAUUAUGAUCCCCUCCCGAUUCGUCUUUGAAAGAAAUUGAAGUAUUUGGACCACGUUCAUGGUCUAGACCUUCAGAUUCCUCAGCAAUGGUGAAAUUAUGGCUCACUUCUAUUAUAGAGCUGAUGAGCGAGGUCUUGGCUACCAUGCCCUGGGCUACAUACCUAAUCCUCCUUCUCAAAGAUACAUUUCAAAAGCUACAUACGUGACCAAUCACCUUUGACCAUAACGCAUGAAAUUCGCAAAAAAAGAUGUUUCAGUUACUCUAAUGAUUCGAGCUUCCUCAAAUUACUGCUCACCAUACCCGCACAUAACCGAUCGACGUUCAAUAUGGAAUCGUUUGCCACAUCAUCCCUCGAGUCGCCUAAGGUAUUACUCCAUCUGGUGGCCGCGUGGUUCCAGAUUUCCCCCGCAGUAAAUGAACUUCACAUCUUUUGUAAUGAUUCUUCAUAUUGAUGAAUAACUGCGCAAAACGCAACAAAAUCAGGUCUUGUAAAACACUCAGGGGCAUAAAUAUUGCACGGCCUUUAAAAUUCCGUUAUGCCGUGUUCAAAGUGAUUCCGCGAAAUUCAAAAUAGCUGUCAGAGAAAGAGAAAGAUAACUAAAGUUUGGAGGGUCAGAGACCAUUUUGCAUUUCGCGGAAAUUACUUUGAACACGGCAUUACUUUCAAGUGGAACGGGUUCAGACAAGAUUGUUUGAAUUUUUUUAUCGGCAAAGUAUCCAAGUUAGCAAAUAUAAUUCAACUUUCGCUCCGACUUUCAUUGACCUCACUGAGCGCCUUGACUCUCUCGAAAAAAUAUUCGACCCUUGGACACAUAUCGAUCUUGUCAUCCAUUCUUGAUGAUGGAGACCAUCAGCAGGUCCCGGUUAAAAUAGAGUUUUGUCCAGGCCUUUGACUUUAAAUAUAAAUAUGCAGAAUUGUCAAGGGAUUCGAAUCUGGUGAGUAGCAGGUCCAUUCCUUGACCGUUUUUAAAUCGAGCAGAUUGGACUCGCACUAGUCUUGCUCAGCUCGGGGCUUGCAGCUUGACCUAAAAUUUUGGUGGAAGAACCAGCGACGGUUCGCAAAGUGGAAAAAAAAAGAACAGAUUGAAAUUAUAUUGGCAAAAAAGAAAGUUGGAAUGAUCGAAAAUUCCGUGCAAUAUUUAUGCCCACCCCUGUAUUUUGCAUUUAACAUAUUUUGGUUUCAAUUCAAGUUUAAAUGGUUGACAUGAAAUUUAUUGAAUAAAAACGCCGAAUUUCUUAUUGAGUGCUGACAGUAUUUGGGUUUUCAAUACUUAAUAUUAACCACAAUCGAGAAUUCUACGCAUUUCCGACACUCAAACAACUCAGAACUAAAAAAAAUUUCAAAUUUUUAAAAAAGACCCCUUCAAAAAAGCGAUCGAGCAGACCGACUUUUCCAGCAUUCCCAUUACAAAGGCCGUCAAUACCUCUUUUCGGGUAUUCCUGAAUUAAAGUUAACGAUACCUGCCCGAGGUUAAUUUUGUAUCUUUUUUUUUCAAUCAAAUUUUUCGUCAGGAACUUUCUCCUCCUAGAUAGAUUUGUGUACUUUCCCAUUUACGUCUGAAACUUUCUGUUUUUUUUUUUUGAAUUUCGUUCAGACUCUCUCACAAUGUGAUGCUUGGCAAAAAGAGCUCCGAGAGCGUUUUCCUCUGCGAUCCUAUCGUUCUUUGGUUGUCGAUGCAAACGCGAAGUCGCUCCUGCCAACAAGGUUGCUCGAAAAAAAUUAUCACGAGUUGAAACACUUUCUCCAAGAUUCAUACGGACCAUUGAUCCUCCGUCAGAAGUGACAAGGCUUGGCAAAUGGGAAGGCGUUCGGAAAGCAGCAGAAAUCGUAGCGAAUAUCCCCGGCAUCGACGACGCUCCAGAGCAGCACGACAUUUGGACGACUGUUGAUCAGGUAGGAUUCGAAAAAUGGAGUGAGUUGUAGUCGUUUGUUCUCGACAUUAAGUCAGAAACAGCUUAGUGGGUCUGUCCAAUGACCCUUUGGGUAAAACCAACGUGUGAUACCUGACAAAUCAGCAAACACAAUAGUGGUUAGACCAGAAAACAAAAAUGUCCACAAGCAAAAUGGAGCGUUUCAAUUAAUCUUGGCCUCUGCAAACACGUUCACAGUCUUUUUUGAAUCGUUUGUUUGAUCUAAAAUCAAAACUUUCAUGUAACUUUCAAGUUCAACCAAGUAAUUUAUUUUGUUGUUUUAGUCAGAUGUAACCGACUAGGCGGUGAACAAGAACUGUUUAAGCUAUAACGAACAAUCGCUUUUGGCGAACUAGAAGGCCAAACGUGUACUUGAUAAAGUUGAAAGCAUGAUCUGACCGUCUUUCGCCUCCUUUUCUGGGCGUAGUCCAUCCAGUUGCGCCUUGACGAGCUCAGAAUGUAGCGGAUGUUGUGCUGGAUACCGUGCUCUAGGUGGAAGCCUCGAAAUGUGAGCGACCAUUUCGAGUGAAGACUUCACACGGAAGUUGAAUUAUUUUUGCAUAUAAAAUGCUAUCAUGUACUCUCAAAAUUUGCUUUUAGCAAACGUCGUUUUUGAUCGGCUCUUGACCAGCCAAAAACACGAGAUUAAUAGUUUGUUAGAGAAUUAGUUUAAUGGCUUUUGAGCUUUCGCUUAGGGAUAAUCUCUCUGAGAAAUGCUGAAAACUUAUUACUUCAUUUUAUUGCAAAACUCGCAAAUCACCUCCCGUUUACUAGAAUUUUCAAGAUCACAACACUAGCGGUUUGCGGAUUGGAGGAAAGGGCGGUUCUUCUUUGCUGUUGGCUCCGUUCAAUGCAGGUCCAAUGCGCAGUCCUAUUGGGUAAUUUUUUGCAUGAAAUUGGUAGAAACAACGAAAAUUGUCUUGUUGUUAUUAAAAAGAUUGAGAGGAAGUAGAAAAAGUUGUAUGUAUGGAACAUGGGAUGCCUCUGCAGUCUAUGACUUUGAAAUUGAAAAAUUAAGUGAGAUUGAUAAAUAGAGAAGUUCAAAGGCUGUCGUCACGAGCAAUCCUACACUUAUUUGAACAACAACAGGAAAAUUGAAUUUUAGGCGACACAGAAAGGGCGGGAUCUGCAUCUGUGCUAGCUGUUUUGGACGAAACGGAAUCAGUGAUAGACGUUGAAAACGGCUUCAUUUACUCUACCAAGGAUGCCAACUGUCCCAUGCUGGCCGUCUAUACAGCUUUCGAUGAUCGCAACGUUUACGCCAACAUCCAGAGCUCUGUCCAUCCGUCUCAGAUUCAAUUCAUGUUCUCGGUAUCAACUUGUUCUCUUUGUUUCACUCCGCUCACUUGUUGCAAGUAUUUUGCUAAGACACGGCCAAAAAGCACAAAGCUUGAGGUUUUGGCAAUUUUAUUUUGUUUUUUUUUGGUGUAAAAAUACUGCAGUGUUCUCUAAAAACUGGAACCUUGUUCCCAGGAAUAUUCCAUCAAGACUCGUUCUCGCUUUCGUUUCACUCUGCGCCCUCUUUCCCCCAGCUUAGCAAAUUUUUUUUCAGCGCGAGUCCCAGUGGAAGCCCCUACUUCCCAGUAAUGAUCUUCUACAGUCUGUGCAACCUGGCAGCGUUCUUUACACAACAGUUGAGCUCAACAGAACCAAUGAAUUUUUCUUUCUUUUUUGUUAGGUGUCCGAAGAUUGGCUAGUCGAGUUGAGAAGUUUGAUAGAGCGUGAAGUCAAACUUUGUUUCGACGAUUCGCGUCCUCAAGGCAUCCCACAGUGGAAUCUUGCUGUUUCGAGGUGAAUGGUGACCAAAUGCUCCCAUUACAGAGAGUACGAUUCAGACAACUACGCGAAAUUUUAACGGAGGUGAACGACAAACGUAUCGUUGAGAGAAGCUUCAUAGAUGAGAAAAUGACGCGAGUCCGAGAUUCCUACAACGUUUUGGCAAACGCUUUCCGGAUACCUUACAGGUCGAUUGACGUGAGACGAAACUCGAGUUCCUGAAUAAACUUAAGACUUUUCUUUAGAAGUGUGUAGAAGAGGUUCUCGCGCUGCGAUUGCACGAGACACGCGAGGAGAAUGUUCAAUUUUCCUUUGCUGUACACUUACACAACUUUUUUUCCCAUGUCAUAACCAUUCACAUUGCUAUCGCUGUGUUAUAUCCGAAAAAAAAUGAAUAAUUUACUGUACAUUUCUUUUCAACAUGUGUAUUUUUCCACGUGAGUUAGCACAAGUCUUAUCGAACUCGAGGAGUUUAAGGAAAUGAUAUUUAUAUCAAGAGAACAGACAUGGAUGGCAUUCAAGAAAGCGGAACAGCAUGAGAAUUGCUCGAAAAUGCUCGGAAAUAAGUUAGGUAAGAUUCGAAAGCAUCGAUUAAAAUUUUUUUUAAAAGUUGAAGAAGGUAAAGCGCUAUAG